AUGCUGGCUGCUGUAGACCUCAAGUAUAUCUCCAGUAACGAACGGAAACACUUGCAGAAUAUCAGCUAUGCCUCAGGUGCACUCACACUGAAUGACAAACAUCACUUCCCAUCAUUUAUGCGCACUUUUACAACAAGCUACUUGAAGUUUAAAGGAGUCGCACAGCUUCUGUUGCACUUUGGUUGGAACUGGAUUGGGAUGUUAGCUGAAGAUGAUGACUACGGCCGAGAAGUGAGUCAACUUCUAAGGCAGCAGUUUAUAGAGAGUAAAAUCUGUAUUGAGUUUUUUGAAAGCAUUCCUUUGGUUAAUCUAGAGAUAAAAAUCCCUUACUUGAUAACAAUUAUGGAAAAGUCGUCAUCUAAAGCAGUGGUGAUUGUGUCUUCAGAUAGCAGGCUCUAUCCUGUCAUGAAGGAAGCUGCAAGAGCUAAUCUCAGUAAGAAAUUGUGGGUUGGAAGUGAGGACUGGCCUGAUUCUUUGUUAUUCUCUAAAGAGGAGUUCUAUAGAACUUUACAGGGAACACUGUGGAUAUCAGCUCAAACUGGCCCGAUGCCUGGGUUUCAGGACUUUCUUUAUAAACUGAGCCCACUUAAGAAUGCAGAUGACAAAUUAACACAGACAUUUUGGGAGCAUGUGUUUGGAUGCCAGUGGAAUAAUGCAGCCGUGAAUAUAAUGACUAACAAUAAUGUAACUAUAUGCACAGGCACGGAAAACUUGAAGCUGCUUAACAUUCCAUUUUUUGAUGUAACUCGAGUCAGCUUCACUUAUAAUGUCUAUAACGCCAUUUACGCAACUGCAAAGGCAUUGCACAGUGUGCUUUCAUGCAAACCUGGAAUGGGACCCUUUUUUAACAGGACAUGUACAAGUCGUGACAGUAUUGAACCUUGGCAUUUUUUUCAUUACCUCAGAAAUGUUAAUUUUAUAGCAACAACAGGAGAUCAGUUUCAAUUUGAUGAAAUGGGUAAUCCCCCAGAUAUCUAUGAUAUUCUGAAUUGGCAGGUAAAAGGAAAUGAUUCCGUGAGGUAUGUGAAAGUGGGCAGCUUUAAUUCCAAACUUUCUAAAGGUGGGGGCCUCAGCAUUGAUAUUGACAGUAUCAUAUGGCGAGAAAACAAAGCACAGGUCCCCCAUUCAGUUUGUUCAGAUGCUUGCAUCUCAGGCUACAGAAUGGCUAACGAGAAAGGAAAACCAGCAUGUUGCUUCAACUGCAUUCUAUGUUCAGAAGGAGAAAUUUCUAACCAAACUGGAUCCACAGAAUGCCUGAGCUGUCCAGAUGAUUUCUGGUCUAAUGAAAGUCGAGACAGAUGUAUUAAGAAAACAGUCGAGUUCCUGUCAUAUGAAGACCCGCUUGGAGUCCUUCUAGCCUCACUCUCAGGUUGCUUUAGUAUUCUUACCAUUGCCAUCUUUGCAGUUUUUUUCAAGAAUAAAGACACCCCAGUUGUGAAAGCUAAUAACCGUGAGCUUAGCUAUGUCUUCUUAUGUGGCCUAGUUCUGUGCUUUCUGGGGGCUUUACUUAUGAUUGGCAUCCCAAGCAAAGUUGUCUGUCUCCUUCAGCAAGUAGCAUUUGGAACAACAUUUGUCCUAUGUGUUUCCUGUGUACUGGCAAAAACUGUUAUGGUGAUAAUAGCAUUCAAAGCUACCAAUCCCAACAGUAAUUUGAAAAGAUGGGUUGGGACAACACUUCCAAACACCGUAGUUGUGAUAUGUACGCUUCUACAAUGUGUCUUGUGCAUUACUUGGAUCACCAUUUCUCCCCCUUUUCCAGAAUGGAACAAGAAAACCCAACUUGGCAAACUUCUUAUAAAGUGCAACAAUGGUUCGACUGUUGCUUUUUGGUGCAUGCUGGGUUACAUAGGCCUUUUGUCCGUUGUUUCCUUCAUAGUGGCUUUCCUAGCACGGAACUUGCCUGACAGCUUUAAUGAGACAAAAUUCCUUACAUUCAGCAUGAUAGUAUGUGUUAGUGUUUGGUUGUCAUUUAUACCUGCUUACCUUAGCACACAAGGCAAAUACAUGGUAGCCGUUGAAGUGUUUGCUAUUUUAUCAUCCACUGCAGGAUUGCUGACUUGCAUAUUUUUGCCCAAGUGUUAUAUAAUUUUAUUCAAACCUGAGAAGAAUACACGUGAAUAUUUAAUGGGAAAGAAAAGCAUUGAGUAA